ACAGCAACAGCAACAGCAUCAGCAGCAACAGAUCAGAAAGUGGGAGUACAGAAGAAGUGGUGCAGGCUAAUGAGACUAUUUGCGAGUACAUCGGCCACGACAAUGAGGAUUAGGAUAAUCGUGUUUUGCGUUCUGAGCAUCCUUGGAGGCUGGUCCGUGGCCAUGGACGAGACAGCGUCUUCCCUAGCUGGUGGCUCAUCCUCGUCAGCACUUCCAAAUUCGGCUUCCUCCUCCCUUCACGGGCCGCGCUUCAGCUCCCUCGUAGAUCCGCGGGAUCAGGUCCUCGGAGGGAAGAGGGCUUACACCUACCGUUCAGAGUUCAAAAGACUGCCGCUUUAUCAGUUCGGCCUUGGCAAACGCUGGGCUCAGGGCAUCGAGGGCAAAAGAACUCAGCCCUUCUCUUUUGGCCUCGGCAAAAGGACGAGGCAGUACUCCUUUGGUCUUGGAAAACGGAGCAACUACGAGGACAGCGAUGACACAUCGCGAUACGGUUUCGGUUAUAUACCGAACGACCAGUACGACGCAUACGCGCAGAGGAAUGCGUUUGAGAAUUAUUUGGAGGCCAAACGUACCGGGGGUUUCAACUUUGGUUUGGGUAAACGCGAGGCGGAGAUAAACGACGACGAGAAGCUCCCGGCCAAGAACUUGAGGGACAAGUAUCUAUUCGGCCUUGGGAAACGACUGUACGAGGAGGAUCAGGACGAGAUGGACGAGGAGGAGGCAUAAGGAGGUUCCCGUUGAUCGCUAACCCUCGCCCUUCUCGUUUGCGCGGGCGCGGCUUAGGAUUAAUGAAGAUGAGGCGAGCGGCGGCUGCAGCGUCGACGAGACAUCGAUCCAUGUAUUAUCUGACGAAUUAUACGUAUUAUGCGCUCGCCCCCUACGCUCUAUUAUGGCUCAUUAUAUUUUUUGUUCGUCACACGUCAAUUUAUCAAGCAUAUUUGUAUAAGCGCAUGUACGAUUUGGCGCUCCGUAGCAGGAUGAGGAGUAAAAGGAGAAAGAUGAGUCCUAUCGGUGCUAGAGGGAGUGAAUGAGAUGAUGAACAGGAUAAGAGAAGUAAUAGAAAAAAAGAUGGGAAAGUUGAGGUGACUGAUGUUAGUGUAUAUGUAUGGCGGUGGUUGUGGUGGUUAUGGAGGUU